UGCUGGGUCUGGCUGCUUAGCUUUCUGGAGGAGCAACACGGAAGGAGGACUGUCAAUAAGCAUGGCCUGCAGUUUGCCAGGAGCCUUCCUUGACUGCUCUGGGGAGAAACAUAGCGAGGUCCCCUCUUCUCACUGCUGCUGGUCUCUAGAAGGAUGAAGGAGUUGAAGGCUUGGUCUGCAGUCAGGAAGAUGGCUACUUUUUACCAGUGCAUCCGGGCUGACUCCAGGGAGGUGGACAUGAGCUCUACAAGAAUAAUGGAUAUUAAGAUGCGGGAAGCUGCAGAAGGUCUUGGUGAAGAUAGCUCAGGAAAGAAGAAAUCCAAGUUCAAAACUUUUAAAAAAUUGUUUGGAAAGAAAAAGAGAAAAGAAACUUCAACAUCUGCAAGUAGCAGUAGCUGGAAGCCAACCCAAUCAGAAAGUGAUGUCAUUGCUCCAGUAUCUCUCCCCAUUGGCUAUGACUCAGAGGAUGAACUUGAGGAUCACAAGGGUACCCUGGGGAACCGAGCCCUUUCACAUGACAGCAUUUUCAUUCCCGAGACGGGUCAAGACCCUCCCAGACCGGCUCGAGUGUUUUCUCAGGAAAAUGUGUCUGAGAGGAUCAGAGCUUUACAGAUGAAAAUUCAAUAUAAUAUGAAACUGGGGCCCCCUCCUCCAUGUGGGAUUCCCAAUAAACGAGGAGAUGAUGCUGGCAUGAGUUCUGAAGAUGAUGGGUUACCCAGGAGUCCUCCAGAAAUAUCUUUAUUACAUGAUAUAAAUGCCAGCACAACAACAAAAUUCUCUGACCCUCACAAGCAUCUUAGCUCUUUGAGUUUAGCUGGAACAGGCAGUGAAGAAGAAGAACAGGUCUCUAUAGUUUCUUCCAGACCCCUCUCUCCAGACCACAUUUUCUCCAGACAUGCCAGUGAAACCAUGACAUCGCCACGGACAUCUGACAGUAGUCUCUCACCUCUAGCAGAUUUCGAUUAUCCUCCUGAAUUCUCUUCCUGCCUUGAUAACUCUGCAGCAAAACACAAACUCUUGGUAAAACCUAGAAACCAGAGGUCCAGCAAAAUGAGAAGGUUGUGUUCGCGUGCACAGUCAGAGUCUCUAAGCGACCUGACUUGUACCCCAGAGGAAGAAGAAGAGGAUGGGAAACAAAUGCUCAAAGACCACAAAGAUGAGAAUUCCAGUUACGUCCAGGAAGAAAUGAUGGACAAGGAGACCAUAGCAAAUAGCCCAGAGAUUCUGAAGUCAGAGAUAUCUGAGGAGCCUUCCCAGAGCCAAGAGGACCAAGAUGAAAAGCCUGGGGUGUCUCAACUUUCUGAUAUAAUUGCCAGCACAGGGGAAUUGUCAUCAGUAGUAAAUAACCUUGAGACUACAGUGGAAGUCAGUUGUGCAGAGUCAGACCAUUUACUUUCUUUAGACCCCUCUUCUCUUCUUGAAAACUCCUCAUCUACUCUAGAUGAGGAACAAAGCAAAGAAACAUCUCUCUCAGCAGUGUCUCCUCCUACAGAGAGCACAUGUGAGGAGUUGGUUUGUACACUUAAUGAAGUCCAAAAUCAAUCUGCUGACAGCCCUCUAGAUAUACCCUCUCCAAAGGCUAUUUCCAACACUACUGCACUUUCAUCCAGCUUAGAUUGUUCAGAAAAAAAUAUACAGGAGUCAAAAGAUAGCCUGGAAAUGUCUGAUGCUGGGGAAUCAAUGAAAGAAUCCACUGUAAUACCUGACUUGGGCACUCAGUUACCAAAGAGUUGUUUGAAAAACAAAAGCUCUUCAGUCACCUCAAGUCCCAGUGUUUCUCCCAUUCCUCUAGGUUUAGUGUCACCACAACUGGGACCUACCCCCUGGCACUUGGAGAAAAACACCACCCCAGAAGAGGUCCCCAAGUCUGAGCAGCAAAGCUCUCCUCCCACAGUUACUGGGGGAGGGGUGUCAGAAGGGAAACUGGAAAGGGGAACCAGUGAAGUGAGGAGUUCCAGAAAAUUUUCUGUGUCUUCCUCCUGGGAGAGACCAAAAGCUAGCAGCCUGUAUCCAAAAGAACAUUUAGGCAGCGAAACUCCAUCAAGCACAAAAUUGUCCUUGCUGAAGACAAACCUGGCUCCAAAAAAUGAGGUAACCAAGGAUAAUCUUCAGAUGAACACCGAACACCAGGAAGGGAAAUUGGGCAUUAUAAAACAGGCAGUCUCAGUCAAGAGUGACUCUCAGAACUCUGUAGACAAAGAGGGGGACCACACUGAGCUGAGCUGUACGUCCCCGGCUUCUAGUGUCUUGCCUCCAAAGGCAGAUCCCUGUCCACAGUUACCGAGUCAGCCUGUCAUUGAAGACAAAAACCCCUUUCAAGUCAAACUGCGGUCCACCUCCUUGUCUUUCAAAUACAGAGAUGGAUCUUUCCCAGAAUCAAAAGGAAUGAAGCGAUACAGUGCAGAGAUCAGGGUGGAGAAAGGAGGGUUGACUUUGCUUUCUAAAGAUGAAAAAACUCGAAUCAAAAGACUAUCAGAUAUAAGUGCAGCUAGUCCUUUAAAUGACAAAGUGAAAGGUAAAGCCAAGUCCUCUGAGCAGCUUAGUCACAAGCCUCCUUUACCCAAGAAACCUGUUUUGCAAACUGUAACUACUCCCCACUCACAUACACUCCCUCCUGGGAAUCUUGAAAAACUGGACAAAUUAAUCAAGUCUCCAGAAUCCAGAAAUGAAACUAAGACCUUGGAGAAAAAGUUGCCUCUUCACAAAGUAGCUGAGAAAAACAUGCCAUCCCCAGCAUCAGCCCCUGGAGCUUCAGACGGCCACUCACUGCCACCGUGGAUUACUCUAGCCAGGCAGAAGCGUCGGGGCUCACGGGAACAACAGCAACCAAGCAAGGAGGAAAAGCUUGUGACACCAGCCAGAAAGGCAGACACAGAAAAGCCGAGGGACGAUCUGGACAGAAAAGAGGAGCGCAUUAAGCAACAAGCCGACUUUGUCCGUAGCAAAUCUUUCCUGGUGCAACCAGCUAAAACUGCUGAAGAACAGAAGCCAAGAGCAAAGCUGACUCUCAAAGAAGGACUUCAUCGAGGCAUUUCACUUUCCCAUCAAAACCUGGCAGCUCAAGCUCCAGUGAUGACUGAAAAAGAACUAAACCAGCUAAAGAGGGCCAGUUAUUCCAGCGCAGAUCAGCCAUCCUGGAUGGAACUUGCCAAAAAGAAGUCUCAAGCCUGGAGUGACAUGCCUCAGAUUAUAAAAUAGGUUGACUCAUAGCUGAUUAAAAAAAAUUUUUUUUUCACUGCUUUGACAAGUUAAUAACCCACUUAAUGGACCUGCUAGUUAAGUCAUGGCACAGGAUCUGUGAAAACUGAGAGUGAUUUUAUCAUCAAGUUAGAAGUGGGGUAAAUGUGCAGUAAAGGGGAGGUCAAUGAAAUGACUGUAAUCUUGGGCCAGAGUUUACCAAAAUCUUUGAAGUGAUAAAUACUUGGAAUGAGACACCCGGGAAGUCAUCCAGAUACCAUUUCUUAUGGGCCAAUAGGAACAAAUGUGUGUGUGUGUUUUUUUUUUUAACUUAAAUUUCUUUUGUAAUAUAGGCUCUGCUGCUUGAGGGAAGAGCAGGCUGUCUCAAGUGAAAUGUGUGCUAGGAAAUUAGACUUCUUUGCAAGGCUGGAAUAGAAAUGGUUUCAUGACUAUCAUGAAUAUGCCCUUCCUUCUGAGGACCAGCCUUUGGAUACCCCCUGAUCAGAGGGUCACAUGUGCUCUUGUCCAUGUUUAUGACCAAGAUUGACAUUGACUUUGGAACCAAGCAGAAAAUGUGAACAAAUUUAUUUCACAUUGAAAUGAUAGUGGAGAGGGAGAGAGAGAGAAAAAAAGACACAGAGAGAGAGAGUCAGAGAGACAGAGAAACAGAGAGACAGAGAGACAGAAAGACAGAAACAGAGACAAACAGAAGGAGACAGAGAGACCCAGAAAAGGUCCUCGAUUUGGAAACUACAAAUAAGAAAAUUUUUAAAGAUGUUUUCCACCUGAUGUGAGUGUCUUUAGCCAUUGCAGGACUAAAAAGUAAUUCAUUUAAUAAAGGAAUGAAACAGUCUCUGUUAAAUGAUAAAUGUUCUGGUUUUGUCUGGGCUAACUAUAAAUACAGGUCCAUUUAACGUAUAAAACAGAUCCUUUUUUUUUUUUUUCUGGAGGGGCAGAAACAAUCAGGAAAAUAACCUAGUCAGUUUAGAGUAACAUAUUGAAAAGAUGUUUUUUUUUUCCUGUGAAAGAGAGAGAGAAUAUUAGCUAUAUUCUAAUUCAUCAUUAUGCAUAAACAUUUCCACCAAAACCCAGGUCACAAAUACAAUACCCAGGAUGAGCUAUGGCUAUUUCUACUUCAUUUGGAUAACAGAGUACAUCAUGAGCUAAGGAAAGAGAGGACAAAUAGCAUUAGUCUCAGAAUUGUGUCUAUGUAUUAUAAUCUAUAUGUAUAUAUGUCUGUUUUUUCAAGGUACAUUUCCAAAGCCUUUUCUUUGAACAGGACAAUCUCCGUAGCCAGCCAGGGACACCCUGCCAUUGGGAUCAGAACAAUCUCUUCAUGUAUUACAGUUUGAAUUUAUUUGUACCCUAAGGCUGUCUAUCUUUAUUGUAUUUGAAUCCUCAUGAAUAAUUCUUUUUCCCCCAGCCCCUGAGAUUACAAAGUAAAAUUAAGCAGGUCUGCCUUAAAUAAGCUCAAAAUAAGAAAUACCUGAUACUAUAAUGAGGUGUGACUCUUGUGGGAAUGCUACUUAAAUGAUUAUGCAAAGCUUUAAGAUACACACUUUUCUUUUUCAUCUAAGAAAACCAUUGUCCAUUAACACUUGCAUCGUGGUUCCUCCUAUUAGCAGAACAGAAUGGAAAAGGUAGAACAUGACCCAUUUUGAGCUUGCUAAUAAUCUUUUCAUAUCAGUAUUGGACUUUAUUCUCCUGUUGUCUAAAUCCUUUCCUAAGCCUGAAUUGGGAGGUUAGGGAAGGUGCAUUAACCCUUCAGGAUACUAGAAGAAUUAAAUGCAUGCUGGUAUCUAAAACCUUUUCCUUUUAGUUAAUAUACCAGGCUAGGUUUAGACAAAAGUCACUAUGGCUUUAUGGCCCCUGCCAUUGUAGCUUGAAAUAUCAAUGGUUGCAAGAUACAUAGUGAGAUGGCAGUGUUAUAUAGUUGAAAGAGACCAGAAUAUGGAGUCAGAGGACUAGAAUUUAUAUCAUUCAUGGCUUUGCUUCUUUUACUACCUCCAAGAUCUUAGAAAAGUCAUUUAACCUGGGACUGUUUCAUAAUCUAUAAAUUAGAGAGCUAAUUAGAGGUUCACUAAAAUCCUUUUUAGCUUCAAAACCCCUUCUACUUACUUAUGAGUCAGCCUAGGAUCCUGCCUAGUAUUUGAAAAGGGUAGUACCUAAUUGUCCAGCAUAUGAAUGACACAAAACUGGCAGAUGACAAGAAUCUGGAAGGCACAGUUCGUACAUUAGAUGUCAGAACUGAGUUUUGAGUUUUAACUGGUUGGAACAGUUAGUAAACCAAAGAUCACCCAUAAGAUAAAAUGUAACAGUGAAAAGGAUAAAGUUCAGUACUUGGGUUAAAGAAAUCAGUUGAAGAAGUUCAAUAUGAGGGGGAAUAUGGGUAGAAAGCAGCAGUUUAAUUGAAAAGAAAAGAAAAACCCUGGGAAUCGAGUUAACUGAGUGCCUGAAAUGCCUAUUUUACAUCAAGGCUGCUUCAAUGUACUACUGUGGUCCUCACCCAUUGGCUAGGAUGAUACCCCACUGACCAUGAGGGUCAUGGGAAAAAUCAAGUGCUAAAUAAUGUUUGCUUAGGCCUUCUUCUUAAAAACAUUUAGUAGUGUAUAGAGCACUGACUUCAGAUUUAUGAAUAUCUAGAAUACUGCAUGUGGUUUUAAUUAUCCUACCUAUUCUCACUUUUGAAAUGUUGUCCCUUGUGUACAAUACUCAUUGAUUCAAAUACCUAAUAUCAUGAAAUUGGGCUCCAGUUGCUAUCCAGUUACAGUCACAUCUGAAUCAUUGCUAGGUAGGUUCACCUUCUUAUGCAUGUCUUAGCCAAGUGUGAAUGCUGUAUUUGGUUUUUCUUUACCUUGGUUUGUUUAUUAUCAGGAGAGGAUACUAUAUGCAGUAUUAUAUUGAGGCAGUACAGAUCUUUCUCAAAAUACCAAUGCAUUCUCUGUGACAUCAAGUAAAUGUCUAUCACCUCUAAUUAACAUCUGCAAUUCUUGCCAGCAUGGGCCAUGGCUCCUUUUUCAAAUGAUUAUAUCAAUGAAAAUGGAAAUUGGAGUAACUAUUAAACUAUUCUUUCCCUCUCUCCCUACCCACUUUCACUAGCACUUGAAUUUUGGGAAAAGUAGCUAGUAUUGAACCAGGCUCUGCCUGUAUUUCUCCUUAGCCACUGCUGCAUGGUGACCAUCAGUGCUUUUACUGAUGGUCUCAUAUUGAGCAAGCUGUGGUAACCUACUUCAUGAAGGGAGCUAAGUAAUCAGGAUGAGUGUAAAGUAUUUUGUAAAUAUGUUAUGCUUUCAGAAAGAGGAAGUCUUACUGAUUUAGAUAUAUUGGAAACUCUCAACUGAGGCAAGAUUUUAAAGGGUCACAUUCAAAAGAUGGAAGGAGGGCACAUAUCCAAGGAUGAAUAUGAAAGUGUCAUAGGCCUGCCUGCAAUGAGUGUCCAGAAUUUUUUUGUGAACUGGGGCUAUCAAAAAUGCUAAGGGCUAACAAAAAAGACUUUCGAAAAAUGUGUAACAAAGUCUUACAAAAACAAAUGUUGAAAACUAUCUUUUCAUGUAUUUGAAAAAUAAACUAUUAUUUGAAAUUUUUUAAUAAGAAAAAUGCAUAAGUUGGAAAAAAAGUAAAGAAGAAAUGAGAGAUAGGUCAAUAAUCUAAGGUAAAUAGAAAAUUUAAAACAGAUGAAGGAAAAAAAACCCACAAUUAAACAUCUGCUUCUUUCUUCUCUGUUAAGAAGUUGUUAGGUUAUUUCUGACGCUUCAUGAACCCACUUGGGUUUUUUUUUUUUUUUUUUGAAAAUAAUAUUGAAGUGGUUUGCCAUUUCCUUCUCCAGCUCAUUUAAAAAUGAAGAAACGGAGGCAAACAGGGUAAAGUGAUUUACCCAGAAUCACACAGUUAAUACCUGAAGUAGGGUUUGAACUCAGAAAGGUGGUCCUGACUUCAGACUCAGCACUGUGUGAAUUGCACUACCUAGCUGCCUUCUUUCAAGAAGAAUGAUUCUCAAGCUAGAGAAUGGAAGGCGAGAUAGAGGGGAGUUGAAGAAAAUCCAGAUGAAUGAAGAGAUCAUAAGAGAAGCUUGGAUUGCAUGAAUUUAAGCCAUCAAUCCAAAUCAAUUGCAUUUCAAAAUAACAACCAAGUUUGAAUACUAGGUAGACUAAAACAGAUAACAGAGAGCUAGAGACAGGCAAACUUCCUGGUUUUCAAAAGGGUAAAGAUUUAUUGUAGAUAAAGGCAUUUAAUGUUUGUUCAUGGCAAUAGCUAGCAUUUAUAUAGCACUUGAAGGUUUACAAAGCAUUCUGCAAAUAUUUGGUGCUCAUAACUAUCCCACAAGUUAGUUAUUAUUAUCUUCAUGUUACAAUUCAGGAAAAUGUGACUUGCACAGGAUCAUACAAACUAGUAAGUGUCUGAAGUUGAAAUGGAAAUUAAGUUUUCCUAACUCCAGCACUCUAGCAUCUAGAUUUUUUUUUGCCACCUAAAAAUGGAAGCAGUAAACACCAAGAGUCAGUGAGUUUUUCAUUAACAAUUUAUGUCUAACCUCUUUUUGUUAUCAAUUAAUCAGCAAACAUUGCAUUAAACAGCAGUGUAUUCAAGGAACUAUGUUGGUGAUACAAAGACAAAAAUGAAAGCCUCUUUGCUCUCCAGCUUACAUUCUUGCUAGGGUUAAUACACAAGUAAAACGGAGAAUGGGCAACUAGGUGACUCAAUAAAUAGACAGCCCUGGAAUUGGAGAUACCUGAAUUCAAAACCAGUCACAAACACUAGCUGUGUGUCUUUGGGCAAAUCACUUCAUCCUGUUUACCUCUGUUUCCUCAUCUGUAAAGUGAGCUGGAGAAGGAAAUGGCAAACCACUCUUAGUGUCUUUGCCAAGAAAAUUUUAAUUGGGGUCGUGAAGAAUUGAUCACAACUAAAACUAUUAAACAAUAACAAAAGAACAGGGAAAUGUCAUAAAUAUGAUGUGGACUUAAGCAAAUCAUUAUAAAGUGAGCUUGGAAAAGAGAGUUAAAUGUUUUUUAAACUAGUUGAACAACAAGAUUCAAAGGGUGUUAAUUAGUACAUUGCCCAGUGUCAGCCUGGAAUAGGGGCAUUAAUGAAGAACUUGUAGAGGCUAGUGAAGUGGGAUCUAGUGAGUUCAAGAUUUUUUUUUCCAUGAUGUAGCCAGCAUAGAGCCAUUUUUGUGGGCACAUGUUUCAGCUUUGCUGAUUAAAGCUAGAAGAGCUGGUUAAUAUGUUCAAUGGCAUGAUUAUCAUCCAAAAAGAUAUUGCAAAAACACUAGGCUUGAAAAAAAUACUAAGCUAAUAAAAUGAAAUUGAAUAAAGAUAGAUUAAUUUUCUUUUACAUGAACUCAAGGGGGAAAAAUUUGAACAAAAGUUUAGAUGAACAGGUGUGACAUAAUUCAUAGCCAAUUGAAAUAAAAAUCAGAAAGAUGUGGCUUAAAGUACUGGUUCUGACAUAAAUUGGUAGACUGAGCUGGUAAAGUCAUCUGAUCUCCUAGUGUCCCAGGCAGAUGCCCUAGAUUUGUUUAGUUCCUAAGAAAAAAAAAGGUCAUCUGAAAUUUUCUUACUGGGCAGUUUCCUGUUACAACAAAACCAAAGGUCAUAUUCUCUAAGGUCAAAGACUUGAAAGCAUUUCACAUGAAAAAUGCCAGUGGAAACAUCAGCAGUGUACCAUGAUGUCCCACAAAGUAUCCCAUUCAGAGUGAGGCAGAUGGUAACCUCCCCAGAGUCUGCCCUUUUGAGAUGACAUCUGCCCUGUUCAAUUCUAGCUGCCACAUUUUUGGAGGGAAACUGACAAACUGGAAUCCUCAUGCAAUGGAGGGAAACUGGAAUAAAGAUGGAAUAUAAAAUCUCUGCCCUUGAGGGCAGAAAGGCUUUCACUUUGUCUCACCAGCACAGUUCCUUGAAUACACAGCUGUUGUUUGCCCUUCUUUCUGGAAAAGGACCAUGACAGGGGGAGGUGAUGCCGUGAUGUGCAAGUGAAUUGGAUUUAAAUGAGGGAGGGCUGUGCAAGGUCCCCUGCCUCACUUUCCCUUCCAGAGUUAUCUGGGGUUAGGGGCAAGAUAGAUCAAGAUGACUUCAGAUGGCUCUGUUUGAAAUAUGUAAGGUCUUCAAUAGGUCUCACUUUGACUGAUGCUACAGCCAUUCAGUGAAUAAUUAAGGCUAGGUAGCAAAUGAGGGAAAGAUCUCCUCAUUCACCUAGGAAAUCUAAAUGAAUGAAUGAGUGUAUGAAUACACUGCUACUUAAUGAUGAACCAAUGUGAAAGAACUGAAGAUGUUAAAGCUGAAAAAAAAAAAGAAAUGGCAUAGGAAAUUGGAGGAAAGAAGAGAAUUAUCUUCAAAUACUUAAAAGGGCUUUCAUGUUAAAGAGUUCCAAUGUGUUUUUAGACUAGCUCUCCUGGAGUGGAACUAUGAGUAAUGUGGGUCAGAGGUGUUGGAAGGAAGUGUUGGCUAAUAUUAGGGAACAGUUGCUAGCAAUUGGAGUUCUCAAGAAAUGGGAUGAGCUGCUUGGAUUUGGUCUUUUUAAGCUAUGACGUUUGCAAUUUUGGAGUUAAGUUUUUUAAAAAUUCCCAAAUUGCUGAUUCCCUGUGCAUUUCUCCUUUUUCUCUUUGAUUUCAAAUAGCUUGUUUACCUUCCAGGUAAUUACAGACUAUCUUGUCCUGGUGAUAUUGCAUGAUUCAGGUCCAUGGGGGUCAGCAAAUUUUAACCAUGAAGAUUUCUCCCAAGAGGGAUGGAGACAUCUUUUACUAUGUUCUGAGAAUUCUUCAAGACAGGGCAUCUACAGUACACCAGUCUUCAACUAGAUCUUUAAAAGAAAAAAAAAAAGGCAUUUUUUGCUGUUAAAUCACACCUCUCUUACACUCCCAUCCUUUGCCCUGUUUGUUGUGGUCUAAUUUGGUAUGUUUUUUCACAAACUUUUAUUGUGCAGAAGGAUUAAAGUUUAUUAAAAGAGAGAUAGCUAAGAAGGAAUAGAUAGGAUUAUUGCAAUAGCCUGCUGGUGGGUCUGCCUGCUACAAGUGAUCCAAUCCAUCUUCUAUUCAACCACUAAAGUGAUUUUUCUAAAAUGCAGGUCUAAUCAUAUCAUCUCCCUUGCUCCAGUGGCUCCCUAUUGCCUCCCUAUUGCUCUAGGAGAAAAUAUAAAAUUCUAUUUAGCAUUCAAAGUCCUUUAUGACCUACCCCCUCCUACCUUUUCAGUCUUCUUAUAUUAUAUUCCCAAAUAUGUAUUCUUUUUGAUCCAGAAACACUGGUUUCCUGGUUAUGUCACAAAUGACACUCUAUCUCUCUGCUCUGGGCAUUUUCUCUGGCUGUCCCCCAUCCCUGGAACACUCUCCCUCCUCUGAUCUGGCUACUGACCACCCUGGUUUCCUUUAAGUGCUAUAUAAAUUCUCACCUCUUACUGGAAACCUUUCUUAACCCCUCAAUUCCAAUGCUUUCCCUCUUUUAAUCAUUUCCUGUUUAUCUUGUCUAUAGCUUUCUGAGUAUAUAUUUGGUCACGCGUUGUUUCUCCCAUUAGAUUGUAAAUUCCUUGAGGGCAGACCCUAUCUUUUGCCUCUUUUUGUGUCCUUUGCACUUGGCACAGUGCCUGGCACAUAGUAGGCGCUUAAUAAAUGUUUAUUGAUUGAUAUUUACUUAGAUUAUAAAUCAUGACACAUUUUGUGCAGACCUAUUUAAAGAUGCAGCAAUCUUCAGUAUGUGGAAUAUUGUAUUUCUAUUAUUAAAGAAGAUAAUGGGUUUAGGAUUGGAAGGGACCUUAAAAGUCAUCUCUUUUAACUCUUCUGUCUUAUAGUAGAGGAAAAUGAGCUGUUAUUGCUUAAUGUUUAUGGCACUUAUUAUGGCACUGGUUCAGACUCAUAAUUUUGCUGAUAUAGGGAAAGCUUCCUCUGUCAAUGAAAAGUUGUCUUAGAUACUAAGACAUUUGACUAAUUGACUAGCCCAAAAUCACACAGCCGGUAUGGGUUCAAGGUAGGGCUUGAAAUUAACUCUUCCUGAAUUUGAGACCAACUCUCCACACUACACCAAAAUGACUUUCAACCAGAAAGGACUAAAAAAAAAAUUCAGAUUUCAGAAUUGAGGAAAUGAUUCUGUUCUCCUUUCUAUAUAGGUGAGUACAUAAUAUGCCACUUAGGUUUUCUUAAAUCUUUCAGCUUAGAAACUUCAAAAAAGUUUUUGACAGUUAAAAGGCCCCUUUCCAAAAUAUAUUAAUGCCUCUAGUUUACCCCUUUAAGCAUUCUUUUUAACCAUUGCUCUGUAUCUCAAUCACUAGGGUCAUUUUUCAUAGUAAAUUUAAACUCCUUUCAGUAAACAUUAUUUAUAUUCCAUACUUUACCCAUUCACAGUUUAUAGUGUUUUGGUCUUUAAAUUCUGUCAUUUCUCACACUAUUUUAUUAUUUGAUUGUAGAAUUGUUAUUUACAAUUUCUAUUUUCUCAGACCCAUCUCGGUUUAUUUUAAUUUUUUUCUCUUAUUUAUUGUACAAAGAUAUAAAAUAAAAACUGAUUUUCAUUGUAUCUUGUCAUGGAAAACUGGAUUUUAGGUUGAAAAAAAAAUUACUUUGGAGAUGCUGGGACAAAAGAUAAACCAGGAAAGCCUCUCUAAAUUGCAUCUGGAAAUACGAGUGAAAUUAUGUUAGUAGCAAAUAUAUAUAUGCUGAGAUUUGCAAGAAUGAAAGGUCUCUUGUACUUAGACAUGUCCUUAGUCCAGAGUUCAAGGUUAAGCCAUUUGAAGUACUGAGGUGUGCAAAAGCCUGAAUUUGUUUUUAUUUCUUUUUGUGUACAUAUUGAAAUAAUGAUGAGUAGCUGACACAAUCAGAUUCUCUAUAAACUUCAGGGUAACUUUAUUUUUGCUCAUUGAUGAAACUCCACAAUAUGAUUUUGAUUAUAAUGUAGCCCUAAGCCAAAAUAAAUGCUUCCUUUCAAUCCUAGAACAAAAAAAUUUAGGAUAUUUAUUCUAGCUGAUUUGCACAGGUAAACCUGUAUAGGAUAUAUAUAGGGUAGCCUAUAAAAUGAAGAAGAAAAAGGGCAGGAAAAAAAGCCUAAAUGCUGCCUAAUCCUACUCCUAAAUUCUAGUUAGAAAUGUAUUGAAGCAAUGGAAAGAAUGCUGAAUUUGGAAUCAAAUGGAUUUGUCUCAAAUCCUUUAUCUGACAUUAUCUAUAAUACCUGAAACAAGACAAACCAAUGUACAAGUGUACAAGCGCAGGUGUAGACAUAGGCGUAGGCAUAAGCGAAUAAUAAUUUAUAAUAAUUUAUAACCUCUUUGGGCCUCCUGUUGUUCACUUGUAAAUAUGAAUGAGUUGGACUAGAUCACUUCUAACUGCCCUCCUAGCAUUAGAUCUAUUCUCCUAAUGUAAGUAUAUGAGUAUGGCUGUGUGUGCACACUUGUGAAAGCAAUUCAGUGUGCGUCAUUUUGUUUUCUUUUGAAAAAGCAAAGUAGAGUCAACAAUUAACUACAUCUCCUUAAAGUUGGGUCUCUUUUCAACUAUACCCUCCCCUCCUUGUAUAGGUAUUUUUAGUAGAUUUUUUUUUUAAAGCUCUACUUAACAUUUCAUUUGUGUAAGGAACUCUUAGUGAGGAAAUUAAUCUCUGUCAAUAUUCUUUCUGCAAUUUACAGCUUGAGAAAGUUACCUAACUUGGUUCCUAAGCUUAAUUGUUCAUAUCAUAGGAAGAUUCAAAGGAAUAUUGUUAAUUUUUUUGGCAUCAAUUUUUCAUUUUUUUUUUGUGAAUCUGUAUAGUAGAUCACUUUUUAUGCUAAGGAAAUGAAAAAGAGGACAUGAAAAUAUAAUGUUUCACUGUAUAAGGAAGAAGUGUAAUCAUCCUACAAGAGUGCUUUUGUGUUCAGUCAUAUUAUCUUGUAUCUAAUUUUAAGCUAUAUAGUUUAGACUAAGCGGAUAGAACAGUCUCCAGUUUUGAGAUAACAGAUUUUGAUUGCUUGAUUGGAUAUUUUCUGAGCCAGAUUUUCCCAAGAAUCUCUCUUGGAAACAAGGUAAAGUUGAAGGAGACCUUUAACUCCUCUAACUAGCUACUCAAUUAGUACUACAAAGGAGUUAGUAGUGUACUUGCUGAACUGGGAAAAUUUGACUGAGUGUCACAAGGGGCUAAGCUAGAUAUAAUAUGCUCAUAAAAUUAUUGAUUUGGUUUUCAAAGGGAUCUUAGAAUCUAUCUAAUCCAACGUCUUCAUUUUAUGAAGGGAGGAAGGUUUGAAGGAAAUAAGCAUUUUUAAGUGCCUUCUGUGUGCUAGGCACUGUGCUAAGCACUUUAUAAAAUUUAUUUCAUUUGAUGAACCUCAAAACGGCCUGAGAGGUAGGUGCUAUUAUUGUCUCCCAUUUUACAGAAGAAGUUGAGGGAAACAGCGUCUAAAUGAUUUGCCCAGAGUUACAUAGCUAGUACAAGUCUGAAAUCAAAUUUGAACUCUGGUCUUUUUGACUUGGAGCUCAGGGCUUUCUAUACUGUACUCCCAGAGGGAUUUAGUGAUUUGCCUGAGGUCCCACAGUUAGUAAGUGACCAAGAUUAUAUUUGAACCCAGGCCUUUAAAAAAAUUAUUUAUUUUUCUCCAAUUACAUGUAAAAACAAUUUUUAACAUUCAUUUUUAAAUGAGUUCUAAGAACUUGGAUCUUUUUGAAUCCAAAUCAAACCAGAAGUAGAAAUCAUAUGCAUGAUGCAAGAGAUAAUUUUACACCCUCCCAUGAUCACCAAUACUUAGGUAAAGAUAGACCUAAAAAAAGCUCCUUUACACUAACAGUUUUUUUUAAUUGUGAAAAAGUUGCAUAAUUAUGUCUUCUUUGUAUUCUUUGUGAGCUCAGAACUUCUCACUUGGCACCUAUAGUUUCUCUCGGUCUUCCAAACAUUGUGGUCACAGUUAUGUUUUUGGUCUGAUUCAUGUGAAAACCUUGAUCCCCAGUGUUCCAUGAGUCCUAUUUUAAGUUGUGGAGCAGUUUGUUUGAUUUUUUUUGUGUAUAUCUACUGUGAUGGUAGAGAAACCAUGUGAGUGAAUUUAUAAAAUUUCAGAAGAAAACCAAUAAUAAAUUGGAGCUGUCUCCCUCCAAUGUCAGCCUAUGUUUGUUCAUUGUUCUCCAAAAAACCAUCCCUGUUUGUGUUUGCUUAAAGAAGGGUGCAAAAAUCCACUGAUGAUCAAGAUUCCUAACUAACCCUUUCCUUAAGCACUAUACCAACACUUCUCAAACUCUACGCCAUGUAUCUUUAGUGUUUUUAUGGUGUAUAUACAAUUACUGUGAGAAAAUUCCUAUACUCAUAUUUCCUUCCUAAAAUAUGAAAUGAUGAUGGUAUCAAAAAUACUGCAUAAUUGCAGUAUUUAUUUGUUACCUGUUACCUGAAAGAAGGCAUUUACCACCCUGAACUAAAGUAACCCACGGUAGUGGGCUACAGUGGAUAGAGUUUGAGUCUGAAGUCCAGAAGACUCAUCUUCCUAAGUAAUACUGUCUCGAGGUAUUUACAAGCUGUGAGAUGCUGGGCAAGUCAUUUUACCUUGUUUGCUUCAGUUUUUUCAUCUGUAAAACAUGCUGGAGAAGGAAAUGGCAGAUCACUCCAGUAUCUCUGCCAAGAAGACCCCAAAUGAGGUCAUGAAGAGUAAUAUGCAACCAAACAUUUGUUCUAUGAAAAUGGAAUCAACUCUAAUUUUCUCCCAAUUGCUUUGAUAAACAUACAUACAGACCCACACACACAUAUACACACAUUUCCCCCCCUCUGAGUAGGUAUUUUCUAUCUCCAGAUCUCAAGACCAGCCAUGUGAUGUCCUAUAUUAUAUAUCCUUUAAAAAAAAUUAAUAGCUUUUUAUUUUCAAAAUACAUGCAAAGAUAGUUUUCAACAUUCAUCCCUGCAAAAGAUCGUGAUCCAUAGUUUUCUCCCUUCCUCUCCCCCUUCCCUCUCCCCUAGACAGCAAAUAAUCCAAUCUAGGUUAAACAUGUGCAAUUCUUCUAAAGAUAUUUCCACAUUUAUCAAAAAUUCAGAUCAAAAAGGUAAAAAAAUGAGAAAGAAAAAAAAAAAAGCAAACAACAAAAAAGGUGAAAAUACUAUUUUGUGAUCCACAUUCAGUCCCCAUAGUCCUCUUUUUUGGAUGCAGAGUUCUCUCUCUAUCACAAGUCUAUUGGAAUUGGCCUGAAUCACCUCAUUUUGAAAAAAGCUAAAUCCAUCACAGUUAAUCAUCACAUAAGCUUGUUGUUCUUGAAAUAUAUUUCAAACUAUUACAAUGUAAAAUCCUUGAGAGCAAAAAGUUCUUUCCUUCUUUCUUUCCUUCCUUUCUUCCUUUUUUCUCCUUAUUUUUUUAUUUCUACCCUUCCUUCUCUUCUUCCUUCCCUUCCUUCUUCUUUCCUUUCUUCCUUUCUUUCUCUUCCUCUCAUUCUCUUUUUUUCUCCCUCCUUCCCUUUCUUCUUCCUUCUUCUCUUCCCUCUCCCCCUUUCUCUCCAUCCCCCUCAUCUUUGUAUCCCCAAUGCUUAACACAGCACCUGGCACAAAGUACUAAAUUAGUUUGGCAAAAGCUACUUUGCAAACAUACACAAACUAUGAUCCCUCUGUUCCAAAACUUGCAUUAGGAUUCACAUUCCCUAUGAAUACCCUAAUGCAACACAAUGGAAAGCUUCCUUUGAUUAAUUGAAUUCCUUCAUAAAUCCCAAGGUAAAUUAAAGAUAUGAAUUAUCUAAGCCCUUUGAUUUGUAUUUCCCAUUUCCUGCAGGAAAAGCCUGGCUGCAGAUUUAUUAUGCCAUUUCUCAAGCAACAUAAUUGAUUAAAUGGCCCCUUUCAGUUCUCAGCUGGCUGCAAUGGUUAUUGUUGUAAAGAUGGAUUUUUUCACCCCAGUGUUUAUUUGUGGCCUCUCUACAUACAGCAUAAAGAUGUCACUGAGAAUAUUACUUAAAUUUUGGGAGAGGAGAAUAUAAAUAGGUAAUGGGGCAUUUCAUUCUUUUUCUACAAAGCAUAGUUUCUUCUUCUUGGUUAAAUUGCCUCUACUUUGCUUCCUGUUUGAUGACAAAGUUAAACUUCUAAAGCUCACUCUCUAGCUAAUUUAUAUAAGCGGCAGAUAGUGAAAUAUGUUUUUAGUAUGCUAAAGAGUGUGAACAGUUGAGACACAGUGUACACUAUUUGGCAUAUGUAUUUGUAAAACUGUAAAAUAGCCUUUUCUUCAUCUCUACACUGGAUUCUCUGAAAAAAACUAGCCCACAAUGAUUUUUACUGUUGUACAGAAGAACACAAUAAAUAUUUCGUGUACCUUGUUCACAAGUUUUAUUCAGAAA